CGUGCUUUGGCGUACCAGGUUGGUGCCAAGAGCUGUUUCCUUUGCCAGCUCCCUGUUGGCUACAGAUGAGUUUGUGUUGACUAAGUUGGGCGCAGAAUUCUCCAGGGGAACCUGGCGGUCAGCUGCUGCCUUGGUUCUCUUGGCUUCUUCUCUAUCUGAUGUGUCUCUUCCCUACAUGUACAUGUUGAGGGGAUGCUUUUCAAUGGGACCCCCCUGCCCAGCUCUCCAGCAGGGAUGGGUCUCCCUUUCUGAGUUAACUUCUUUCUGAACACUGUGCUUCGCUCGCUCUGGGCAAAGAGGGGAGUAUUUUUAGAUCCUGGUGUAUUCCUUAGCUUCACACUUCUGACACGUUAUUUCUGCAAAGCUGAAACCUUUGGGAUGAACGAUACGAACUACGUCAACCAGUCCUCUCCUCCCGUGGGAGAGACAGCGAUCACCAGCAUGGCUCCUAGUACCACCUUGGGGUUAGGUGUCCUUCCGCUGUUGGUGAACACUGGACACUUAACUGUGAGUGACGGCUCCCAAAUCCGGACCGAACAGAAUGCCUCUCAGGAUAACCAGCACCUUUUUUUGACCACGUCGACAGCCAGAGUUAUCUCGGGUCUCUUUGUCUGGGCUGCGCUCUUUAUCACCUUCCACCAGAUAUUCUUGCACCUGAAAAACUACACCGUCCCCAAUGAGCAGCGGUACAUCAUCCGCAUCCUCUUCAUCGUCCCCAUCUAUGCCUUUGACUCUUGGCUCAGCCUUUUGCUGAUUGGAAGCCACCAGUACUACGUUUAUUUUGAUUCCGUCCGCGACUGCUAUGAAGGUGAGCCAGAUCUUGUGCUUUGGCUUUGGGAGAUAAACAGAGCAUCUGCACUGUAGAAAUAAUGCAGUUUUGACACCACUUUGGCUGCAUGCGCACUGCAGAAAUAAUCCAGGUUGACACUGCUUUAGUUGUCAUGGCUCAAUGCUCUGGGAUCCUGGGAUUUGUAGUUUGGUGAGACAUUUAGCCUUCUCUGUUAUUAUAGUGUAGAUGCACCCCAUAUUUCUCAGGCUGACCUGCCUUGCAGGGCUGCUGUGAGAAUACAGUGGAAGGUGAGAGAACGGCCAUGUAUACCAUUUUGUGAGAUGGUUAGAGGACAGAAGAGACAUAAGGACAGGUUGCUUACCUGUAACGGUAUUUCUUCGAGUGGUCAUCUGCGAAUACAUACAAAUGGGUUUCACUGCGCCUGCGCAGUGC